UUAAAGGCGCGUCAGGGUCAGUCUGCUUUCAUCUGCUGGAGUGCGAACUUGGGAGUGUAGCUGUAGUAGCAGUCGAAAGCGAUUUAGACUAUCAAAAUGGCUGAUCAACUGACAGAAGAGCAGAUUGCUGAAUUCAAAGAGGCAUUUUCACUAUUUGAUAAGGAUGGAGAUGGAACCAUCACAACAAAAGAGCUGGGAACAGUCAUGAGGUCACUGGGUCAGAACCCUACAGAAGCGGAGUUGCAGGAUAUGAUCAAUGAAGUUGAUGCUGAUGGUAAUGGAACAAUAGACUUCCCUGAGUUUCUCACUAUGAUGGCAAGAAAAAUGAAAGACACAGACAGUGAAGAGGAAAUCAGAGAAGCAUUCCGUGUUUUUGACAAGGAUGGUAAUGGGUAUAUCAGUGCUGCUGAGUUGCGCCAUGUGAUGACAAACCUUGGGGAGAAGCUAACAGAUGAAGAAGUUGAUGAAAUGAUCAGGGAAGCAGAUAUUGAUGGAGAUGGUCAAGUCAACUAUGAAGAGUUUGUACAAAUGAUGACAGCGAAGUGAAGGCCUUGUACAGAAUUUUUUUUUCUUGUAUAAAAUUUGCCUUUUCUUUGUUUGUAAUUUAUCUGUAAAAUGUUUAUUCCCCCUGCUGUCCAAAGGAACUGCAUGUAAACUAUUUAGGAUUCAAGUCCUCAUGUCCCUUUUUAUUUUGCUGUCAUCGUAUUUUGAGUCAAGAUGCGGUCAAGUUAACAGGUGUUGCAUGUGACUUGAAAUGGAGUGCAUCCAAAUCUGCACAAUGAACUACCACAGCUUGAAGCAAGACAUCAUCUUGGUCCACCUGUUGAAGUUGGAUGUCACUUGGCAACAAUGUUGGCAUGUAAACAUUUUAAUGUGGAGUAGUUACUCUGCAUGGACUAUGGACAAAGUAUAUAUGAAUUUUUCUCAGCAUUGCACUAUUGCAAAACGGGUGUAUCAUCCAGGUACUCGUACACUAACUCUUUUUGUAUUUGCUGUUCUGUACCAGAGAACUCUUGUUCUAUUCUUACUAUGCUUUUUAAAGUUUUAGUCACUUGUUUUUUUCUUUUUUUUAACUGCUUAUGGCACAAACAUGCCUCAAAGAAUCCAUUCCAAGUUGUAUAUUUUUGUUUUCCAAUAAAAUUUACAAUUUACCCAAA